AAGAACAAAGUCUGGAGGUCACAUAGGUUAGUAAGCUGCGAAACCGUGGUACUAGCUCCUCCUCAUCAUCUAUCAAAUAUGUUGGGGGUGGAAGUAUUCAAGUUGAGUCAGGAUGUUGUGGCUUCCCUGUGUGGUCAGCUCUUUGGCUCAACGGCGAAGUUGAAAUUGUACCUUGGAGACAGAACAUGGCCGACCAUUUACUUCAGUGAAGAUCUUGCAGUCCGUGCUCCCAGCAGCGAAAAACCUCCUUCACUAAAAGGAUGUCGCCGCGCGGAGGUUUGUUCCCGGAAGUGGUCCUCUACCUCUUUCUCCGAUUCCGCGACAGACACCACGGACGCGGAGGCCGAUCCUGAUCCGGCGGACGAGGAGGAACCGCACACGGCCGACGCGGAGGCGGAGAAGACAGCCCUGUCCGCGGGCGCCGGUGGCGAGGACGCGGACGAUAAACUGGAGGACGAGGCCGAGCUGGUUGCCCAAAAAGGUGCAAAAGACGAAGACGAGAUGCAGAAUACGCUGGACGAGCUCUCCUCGCACGCGGAAAAACCUACCGAGCGAGGCGACAUCGAGGAGGCAGCCUCGGAACUGUACGCGGAUAAUGCCAAGGGAGAGGAGAACUUGGAUCCCGAUAAAAUGGACGACAAACUCAACGGCGAAGACGAACAAUUUGACGAUUUUUUGAACGGAGAAAAGGACGAAGCAGCGAUAAACGGAAGGGAAAUAGCUGGUAGUACCAGCAGUGGCACGGCGACAGCGAGCGAGGGUGCGGCCUCCUCGACUGGAGGUAACACAGCUUCAUCUUCCGCGCUGCAGAUUUUUCCGCGGUUGGAUCAUGAUCGUGCAAAAGAUGUUCCUGCCCGUGCGUUCGCUUCUUCAGAAGGAGGUGCAGAGUUAUCAGAAGCGCCACGACUGCGAAAAAAUAAUACCGUGUCAAUGGCCGCCCGUACCACCACGGAGAUGAACAGUAGUAGCAGUGGAUCUACUACUGUAGCACGAGCAAAACCAACAGCAGCAGCUUAUUCCUCUUUUCUAGACGUGCGUUGGAGUGUUUCGUCACCGCAGAGUAUUGGAGGUGGUCGCACGCCAGCCCAACAACUACGCGCUCAACAAAAGACGGCUUUCACCGCCACAGUGGACCCGUUCGACAUUACGCAGUGGCGAGAUUAUGUAGUGCCUGUGCCGGGUCCGUCGGCUGAAGAAGUAGCUGCCGCCAAAGAGGACGCAGACGCCGCCGCGUCCGCCCCAGGAGUAUCGCACGACCUCUCGCAAUCGAGUAACCCACAGGACCAGGAUCCGACUGCGGUGGCUCGCACAGAGCUGCAAAGCAAAUUGGAUUCGCUGCCGCACCACGAAAAUAGUGAGAUUCCCUUAGACGAUGCGCAAACCGACGAAAUCAGUGAACUGAGAAAUGGCGGCCUGCAGGAACUGAUCGAUGAGGAAAAAGUGCAAGAGGAAGUUCAGCAUGAUUGUGACAAUUCCGGGGUUUACCCGGAGUAGUUUGUGCCGAUGCUAUCGUCGAUGAAUGCCAAGCCCAGGCCCGUUCCUAUUUGAAUUUUUUUUGUUUUUGCGAUAGCGGUUUUCGCUUGUUAUAAAUCUAUAUGGUGGAUAAUGGCUUGUUGCAAGCUGCCGCACUGCAGCGUUUCUAAG